GGAAACCAGUAGAAAAGAAAUGUCUCUCCUGCGUCAGAAAUGAUCCAUGUUUAAUGACAACCAAAAGGGAAGUUCUAACCACCAAACACAAUCGGAGACUAUCAGGAGCCAUCUUACAAUGCAUACUCCAAGGGCCACCCCACACUGAAGGAAAAAAUAUCCACCAAGGCCUUGAACUUCAUAUGCAAGUGCUAGAUAGCCGGCCAAUAUUUGAUCUUGAAAGAAAAAAAAAUAGAUGAAAUUAACCUACUGCCAGCAGCAUGACCACGGAGAGGCAGCCGUGAAUUCCCGUCUCCCCGGGGGUCGGCCGGUUCUGGGGAGCGAUCCCCAGCGAGACACAAAGCAGGACGAUUAGCUGAGCGACCCCGCCGCCAAAGGGGCGAGCCGGCAAGCGAGCGAUCCAUCGCUCUCCUCCCGGGCAGGAAAGCCGAGGAAGCCGCGGUGUCGGAGAGUUUGGAUCAAUUUUCAGACAGUACUAGUUGCAAGAGACGGAAGCCUCCGCAGCAGCCUUUCUCAGCCAGUCACCGCAAGGAAGGCUUGGGAUAGAGGGCCCGGGAGCAGCCCCGACCCAGGAGGCUGCAGAAACCCGCACCCUGAUUGGCAGCGCCUGCUCGGCCGGACACCGGGAUUUGUGAGCCGGGAAGUCUUGACAGCAGGAAGCAGAUUUUCCCAGGAUAUUUUCUGCAGUUGCUUUUGGGCUGGAUUUGGAAGUACUGGCCCAAACUUCUCAGGCACCUACCAGCUGGAAGACCCUGUGUCCCUAUGAGUGUGACCCUCUCAUCAGUGUGAAAGCUAUUCCUGGCGCUGCUCCAGAUUUCAGACCUUUUUCUUCCCCUAAACUGCAGAGAGCCGGUGUCUAACCUGCAGCCGUCUGCACAGAAUACCUUUCUUUGCUAUGAGUGGGACGGUGUCCUUGGUGGGGACGGAGGAUCCUCGGCCCUGGGGAAGGGCAGGGAAGCGCGUGCUCAUAGUCUAUGCACAUCAGGAGCCCAAGUCUAUGAAUGGAUCUUUGAAGGAUGCAGCGGUAACCGAACUGAGCAUUCAGGGCUGCCAAGUCACCGUGUCGGAUCUGUAUGCCAUGGACUUUGAGCCGAGGGCCACAAAGAAAGACUUUGCAGGUCCUUUGAAUAACUCAGACUUCUUCAAUUAUGGGGUAGAAGCACAUUCAGCAUAUAAAAAGGGAUCUCUGUCCAGUGAUGUGAUUGAAGAGCAAAAGAAAGUACAAGAAGCUGAUUUAAUCAUAUUUCAGUUUCCCUUAUAUUGGUUCAGUGUUCCUGCCAUCAUGAAAGGCUGGAUGGACAGAGUCCUUUGCCAAGGAUUCGCUUUUGAUUUUCCAGAAUGCUUUGACAGAGGCUUCCUCCAGAACAAAUUAGCCCUCAUUUCAUUCACCACUGGAGGUGAUGCUGAAUUGUAUUCCAAAACAGGGCUCAGCGGUGAUAUUAAAUACGUCUUGUGGCCCCUACAGCAUGGUGUAUUGCAUUUCUGUGGUUUCAAAGUCCUGGCCCCUCAGGUCACUUUUGCUCCUGAAUAUUCAUCAGAAGAUAAGAGAAAAGAGAUGGUGGAGUCUUGGGCAAGAAGACUAGAGACCAUUUGGAAAGAGAAGCCUAUAAACUGCACUCCCUCCUGGUACUUCGAAUAAUAACAUCUGGUGUUAUGUGUAAUGUUCCUUCCCUUUUUUGACAUUGUGAGUAGCCCAUGAUUUGGAGACAAUCUGUUAUAAUCAAUAAAGCUACAAAAUCCACUUACCAAAUGAA